AUGUUCAGGACAGCGAGCGCUGUGAUGAAGCUCCCCGGACAAUAUGAGUAUGAAUAUAGUAUGGUUGUUUGGAAGCUUGGAUCAAGCCGCAUCAACAUGUUUGAGAAAAGUCUUUACGACCUCAUCCGGGGGUUACGGAAUCACAAGGGGAAUGAGAAAGAGUAUAUCCAGAAUAGCCUAAAAGAAUGCCGGGCAGAAAUCAAAGGGCAGGAUAUGGACCUCAAGGCCACUGCUCUUUUGAAACUCAUAUACCUCGAAAUGUUUGGCCAUGAUAUGUCAUGGGCGUCUUUUCACGUCCUCGAGGUUAUGUCUUCCGCGAAGUAUCUACAAAAACGAGUGGGAUAUCUAGGGGCGGUGCAGAGCUUCAGGCCAGAUACAGAAGUUUUGAUGCUGGCAACAAAUUUACUGAAGAAGGACUUAACCUCGACCUCUGCGAAUACCAUGUCCCUCCCGAUUAUAACGCUCCCGCAUAUAAUAACCCCCUCUCUAGCUCUUUCAGUGCUCUCGGACCUCCUCCCACGAUUAACUCACUCGCAUCCAACGAUACGAAAGAAGACUAUUGUGACACUGUACCGCCUCGCGCUAGUCUACCCGGAAACCCUACGGCCAGCAUGGCCUAAAAUAAAAGAACGGCUGAUGGAUGAGGGUGAAGACCCAAGUGUGACAAGUGCAAUUGUAAAUGUGGUCUGUGAGUUGGGAUGGCGGAGGCCUCAUGAUUUCCUGCCUCUUGCGCCAAGGCUGUUUGAGUUGCUAGUAGAUAGCGGCAAUAAUUGGAUGGCUAUAAAGUUGAUCAAACUUUUUGCUACUCUGACUCCGCUUGAACCACGGCUAGUCAAGAAGUUAUUACCCCCUUUGACCACCAUCAUCCGAACGACUCCUGCCAUGUCGCUCUUGUAUGAAUGUAUAAAUGGCAUCAUACAAGGUGGCAUUUUGGGAAGUAGUGAUGAAUCUGCAGGAGGUGAGGAAAUAGCGACGCUAUGCGUAAGCAAACUUCGGGGAAUGAUUAUGGUUGAAGGAGACCCCAAUUUGAAAUACGUUGCUCUAUUGGCGUUUAACAAAAUCGUUGUAACCCAUCCAUUCCUUGUUGCCCAGCAAGAGGAUGUUAUCAUGGACUGUAUAGACAGUCCUGAUAUUUCCAUUCGGUUGCGAGCUUUGGAUCUAGUGGUCGGCAUGGUUAGUAACGAUAACCUCAUGUCGAUUGUUGGGAGAUUGAUGAGACAACUACGGAAUUCGCGUUCGCCUACAUCAGAGGAAGUCAACAAACGAGUCUCCACUGGAAUGGUUCAACCUGCAGCAGACUCAGAUGAUGAAGACCCGGAAAUUGCUAUUAAGAAUGACAAAAGGGUGUCCCAAGAAACCCUUCUUCCGGAUGAGUACAAGAUCGAUGUUAUCAAUAGAAUACUGGAAAUGUGUUCUAGCAACAAUUACGGCCACUUAGUAGAUUUCGACUGGUACAUCGAUAUUUUAAUUCAACUGGUUCGAAACUCUCCAGUCUCACGGUCAUACUUGUCUCAUGGCGUGGACUCAAGACGGGGUGAUUCGUCUAGUACUGAUGUUUCGGGGAAAGUUGGCAAUGAGCUGCGAAAUGUCGCUGUGAAAGUCAAAGCUGUACGGCUACAAGCUGCAAGAGCCGCCGAGUCGAUACUAAUCUCGACCUUUGACGACAAUUCUGCAUCACUGAAUCCAGCGAAUGGAGCCUUAAGACCCAUAGCCUGGAUGGUGGGGGAGUAUGCGUCUUCAUUGGAGUCUCCGGACGCCGCCUUGGGCGCGCUUUUAAAUAUAGCAAAGGGCUCGGUUCCUGCCGAAGGGCUUGUGAUAUAUCUACAGGCUUUGCCGAAGGUUUUCUCUUUCCUAACCUGCGAUGAUUCUGUGGCGUGGACACCAGAACGGAAGACUAUGAUAUCACUCCUCAUGGCCCGGGUUAUCCAUACGCUUGAGCCACUUGCGAUGCAUCCUGAUCUUGAAGUUCAAGAGAGAGCAGUUGAGUUUGCCGAACUCUUAAGAUUAGCCGCUGAAGCAUCGGCCGGCCAAGCUGCAUCGACAGACGACAUACAACAAGAUUCGCCUUUACUCUUGACACAAGCAAUCCCAUCAUUGUUUACAGGGGUGGAGUUAAACUCCGUGGCUGUAGGAGCACAGAAGAACGUGCCAAUACCCAAUGGGUUAGACUUGGAUCAACCAAUCAAUCUGAAUCUAAAUAAUUUAUUGAGGGCUGUGGAAUCGGCAUCAUUCGAUGAGCCAGACCAGGAUGAGUUCGAGAGCUACUAUCAUCAAGCUCCACUUCCAGUACCGAGUGUGAAUGAACCCGCCAUCAACCGCCUUGGCACUCCAGAGGAAGUCGUGCACUCAUCCCGACAUCGUUGCUCGGCGCGCGCCGAACGACUUGAGAGGAACAAAGACGAUCCAUUUUACAUUGCACCUACCGAGAGCUCUGGUAGAUCGACGCCACUACAUAACAUCCUUCAAAGCAACAAUGGGCCCGAUCUAGAUCUAGAUGCGAUCCCGAUAAUGCAACUAGACCUUGAGAAGACAAAAUUGAGCACAUCCCCACCAAAGAAAUCGAAAGUUUCAAAAGUCCGCCACAGAAUCCAAGUCGCCGCGGAUGAAACACUAGGGACCAGCGGGAUCUCAACACCACAGAAUGAUGAUUCAGAAGCAAGUCUCGAAGGAGCUUCUCAGCGACCCAAACCAAAAGGGAAGCAUUCUUUGCUCCAGGUCGAUUCAAGUCACAUUGGCGCAUUCUCUCUUGAAGGUGAUGGGUCUAGUAAUGGGCGGGACGACUUUGAGGCCCAACAGCGAGAAGAAGCCGAGAUGGCAAAAGCGAUGAAAGAAGUUGAGCGUUUACGAUUGGAGAUGCAAAGGGCUAACGAGCGAAUACAAGCUGCUCAGGGAGUGUCUCUCGAGGGUACUGUCGUCAAGAAAAAGACGAAGAAAAAGCCAAAGGCUGUUGAUGCCGAUGGUGCAGUGCUAAUAGUGAAGAAAAAGAAAGCUAAGAAGGCCGUUACAGAUGAAGGCGAGGGAGAGACUUCUUCCAUGGCGGCAGAAGUCGUAAAGCCUAAGAAGAAGAAAAAGAAGCCCAAGGUUGAGGAAGAACACGCUGUACAAGAAGGUUCAUGA